AUGGUCUUGUGCUUGCUCAGCAGAUUGGUGAAAGGAGUUGUCGGGACUCCUCUCAAGCGAAUGGAACAACAAGUGAAUAGAAUUACGAGCGAUGUUCUUUUCCCUCUUCAAAACACAAAUCCAGUCCGAGGAGAUAAACAAUAUGCUGAUCUUCAUCAUCAUUCAUGGUACGGGGAAAUGGUUGAGGCCAACAAAAAGAUAGACGAAAUUCUCAUCAAAAAGAAGCAAAAUAAUUCGGAAACAUGUUGA